UGAACCGAACGCCAUUGCCCUCUGAAGAAUUCUCCUAAUGGCAAUAGAGGCGAUGGAGGGCAUAAGCCCUUCUCUACGAUCAGCUCUCCAGAACUCGGAUGAUCUGACCCCCAGCUCUAAGGCUAUCGUUGUUCGUUCGCCGGACGGCAUCGAACCACCGCCUACUUCCUCUUUGUCGCCGCUGUCGUCGCCGGCAUCGGCUAAAGCGGCUGUUCGGGCACCAACGGAGACGAAGCAGGUGCUGGAGACUGAGAACUCGACUGUUGUCAGUUCGAUCCUGCGGCGGAAAUGGCGGGCGGAGGCUGUUAGAAGGGCGGAUGUGGUGGCGAGAAUGGUGGCGGCGGCGCUUUGCCUUAUCUCAUUCUCAGUGAUGGCCGCUGACAAGGACAGGGGCUGGACUACUGACGCCUUCAAUAGCUAUAAGGAGUACCGGUACUGCCUUUCCGUGAAUGUGAUCGGGUUCGUGUACGCGGGGUUCCAGGCAUACGCGGAAGUCCACCACAUGAGCAGCAAGAAACGUAUCAUCCGCCGUCCUAUGGGGAAUUACUUUAACUUCGCUAUGGAUCAGAUACUGGCUUACCUCUUAAUCUCAGCAUCAUCAUCAGCUACUGCACGUACUAACUACUGGGUGACAAAUUGGGGGACGGAUCCCUUUCCUAAUAUGAUUUCUGGCUCGGUUGCAGUAUCUUUUCUAGCAUUUGUUGCUUUUGCACUCAGCUCCCUUAUAUCUGCUUACAACCUCUUCAACCGUCCAAUCUAAAGGCCGCCUUUGUAAGUUUAAAUGCCCAACUUUCACAGUGCUCAUUUGGUUGCUUGAGCAUAGAAAAAAUAUGUUUUAGAGGAUACUAAAUUUAUUUUCACCUUUUUUAAAUCUGAAAAUAAAAUCAUUAUAUUGAGGGGAUUGGUAGAGUUUUAAAUCAAUAGCAUUUUGUAACUACAUCCAUCAAAAUCAUGAAUCGAACAAAAUAUAACAUAGUUUGAAACGUCUUUCUAACUGCUAGCAACCAAGCCUUUAGAUUAUAUAGAACUUCUGUUCAGAAGUGCAAUUUGUAAGACUAGUUUGUGUAUGCAAAUUUUUAUUUGGGUUCUUGUUUUGUAAUGUGAAAAACUGAAGCAUAUUGGUGUGUUUUUUAAUAAAAUGCAAUGUUGUAUGGACUGUGUUUCCGGGUUUCAACUGAA